AUGAAACGUCAAUAUUUGCUAGGAACUUUUUUUUUCGCAAACGUGUUUUGUUUACAAACGCAUUAUGCAUACCCGUGCCGAAUAUCCUUGUUCGAUUGGUUUUUCAUUAAUCGUCUAAACAGCAUUAACGCUAUACAAUGAACAUCUCCAAAAAUGCCGAGAGGAAAAUUCAGAGGAAAAUCAAACGUUGUCAAGUGCUGAUCGCAAAAGAAACGAAACUGCAGUUCAGCGAAGUGCCCACUGAGAAUGUCGUGAUUUGCAACGCAGGUCUCUCUACGGGGCUCCAACAAGAGGUCCUCCUAGAGGAAGUGCUACGCCAUGCACACUCUUUGGAAAAUGUAUUCUUUCCCCCUGGAAAGUCAUAUUGUUAUUUGCGAUUCGAAUCAGCUGAGAUUGCGCGGACAGUCUGUGAGCGUAUGAACGGAGUUGCUCCUCUUGGCCAAGAUGGAUGCGUGCUGCUAAUGUCCUACUGCAUUUCUCUGCCCGAGAAAGGGAAUAAUACGUUCGGUGGACGAACACCGCCUGGAUUGAUUCUGGUCCCGGAUUUCGUGAACGAAAAACUGGAAUCUGCAUUACAGGAUCUGGUUGAUUGGGAAGAAGACAUGGAGAUUGGCAGCAACCUCAAGCACCGACGUGUGAAACAUUACGGAUAUGAGUUCCUCUACGGAACUAAUAACGUUGACCGAAACAAACCUUUGGACAGGAAGAUACCUUCAAUCUGUGAAUCAAUGUGGGAAAAGUUAAGACAUAUGUAUCCAACACUGGAUUGGCAUGUUCCAGAUCAAUUGACGGUAAAUUAUUACGAGCCUGGUCAGGGAAUUCCACCACAUGUUGACACGCACAGUGUUUUUAAGGACCCAAUAAUAUCUUUGUCAUUAGGGAGCGAUGUUAUAAUGGAUUUUCGCGAUGUUAAAGGAAAUCAUUUGAAUGUAGACUUACCUCGCAGAUCGCUUUUGAUAAUGACUGGGGAAAGCAGAUAUGGUUGGACUCAUGGAAUAACUCCCCGCAAAAUGGACACCGUUCGUUGCAACAAUAGUUUGACAAUCCGGAAAAGGAAAAUACGUGUGUCAUUCACCUUCCGCAAACUACAAGAUGGACCAUGUCACUGUCAAUUCAGUUCACUUUGCGAUACGCACCAGCGGGACACAGAACAUCGAAAGGACCUCUUAAAGGAAAAUGCGGCACAAGUUGAACUGGAGAACGUUCACAAUGUCUACAACCAUAUAGCGAAACAUUUUAAUAAAACAAGACACUCGCCAUGGCCCAGGGUGGAAGCUUUUCUGAAAUCUCUCGAACCAGGAUGCAUACUCUUGGAUGUAGGGUGUGGUAACGGCAAAUACCUCGGUUUGAACUCUAGCAUUGUCAAUCUCGGUUGUGACCGUAGCGAUGGCUUGCUCAAGGUGUGCACGGAUCGUGGCUUCAGCGUGGUGCAGUGCGAUUGUCUUGCCCUCCCGUUUCGGUCGGCGUCCGUAGAUGCUUGCAUCAGUAUCGCCGUCAUUCAUCAUCUUGCUACGGAAACGCGUCGCAUGCAAGCGGUCGCAGAAAUGGCUCGCGUUCUUCGGCCAGGUGGGCGUGCACUUGUGUACGUAUGGGCGAAAAAUCAGGAAGCGGACGAGAAAAAAUCCAGCUACCUUCGGCAGAACAAACAAAACAACAAACCGCGAAAGGGGAAUAAGAUAGAAAAAGACACCACGGAGAUGGAUGGUGAAACCAUUCUCCCAAUCCACACCAAUAGAACACAGUUCCAACACCAGGAUUUGCUGGUUCCAUGGAAAUUACGAAACGUGGAGUGCAGCGAAGCAGGUCCAAAGGUAACUUUCUUACGUUAUUAUCACGUGUUCAAUGAACACGAACUCCAAGAAAUGUGUGGCAAAAUCGGUGAGAUAUUGGUUGAGGAUAGUUACUACGAUCAAGGCAAUUGGUGCGUUGUUUUUAAGAAAAUUGCUUGAAAUAAGAA